AUGGCGGCUCGGCGUAGUGGUGCGGUGGUGGCGGCGUUGAUGGCCGUGCUGGUCGGGCUCGCGGGCGCGGACUUCGCGGCGGACCGGGCGGAGUGCGCGGACAAGCUGAUGGGGCUGGCGACGUGCCUCACGUACGUGCAGCUGGCGGCGACGGCGCGGUCGCCCACGCCGGACUGCUGCUCCGGGUUCCGGCAGGUGCUGGGCGCCAGCAAGAAGUGCCUGUGCGUGCUGGUCAAGGACCGCGACGAGCCCACCCUCGGGAUCAAGUUCAACGUCACCCGCGCCAUGAACCUCCCCUCCGCCUGCAACAUCCCGGCCACCUUCUCCGACUGCCCAAAGAUCCUCAACAUGUCGCCGGACUCCAAGGAGGCCGAGAUCUUCAAGCAGUACGGGAUCGAGCACGAGGGCAAGAACGCCACCGCCGCCGGUGUACCUAAAUCUGUGGUGCUUUUGCAGUGUACCUCCGGCGGGAAGAGCGCCGACGCGGCGGCCGGCGCAGGGAGGCACGCGGUGGCCUUCGCCGUCGUCGUCUCGGCGCUGCUCGCCUCCCUCUUUGUUCUCGCGUGA